AUGGCACCGUAUGAAAUGUUGUACAGAAGGAAGUGUAGAACUCCAAUUUGUUGGGGAGAGGUGGGGCAAAGAGAAAUUGCGCCCAAUGAUAUAGUAGCUAAAACUAACGAAAAGAUCGAUCUUGUGCGAGCCCGUUUAAAAGUGGCUCAAGAUCGACAAAAGGCCUAUGCAGAUCGAAGAAGACGACCUAUCGAGUUUCAGAUAGGUGAUCAUGUGUUAUUAAAGGUUUCCCCAUGGAAAGGUAUAAUCCGUUUCCAUAAGCGAGGAAAGCUAGGUCCCCGUUACAUAGGACCUUUCAAGAUUUUAGCCCGGGUUGGGAAGGUAGCAUAUUGGUUGGAAUUACUGCGAACGUUAGAUGGAAUACAUGACACAUUCCAUGUGUCACAAUUGAGAAAGUGCUUAGCGGAUGAGACGGCAUACGUGCCCCUCGACGAUAUUGAAUUGGACGAAAAAUUGAAUUACGUUGAAAGGCCGAUAGCUAUCAAGGAUUCCAAGGUAACGCACCUUCGGAAGAAAACUAUAAAGCAAGUCUUGGUGCAAUGGCAACAUUGGAAAGGAUCGGAUCUUACAUGGGAGUUAGAAGAUGAAAUGAGGGAGCACUACUCGACAUUAUUUGGUACGUAUUAA